AUGGCUGACGGUGGCGAACCUCAGCCAAACAAAGAUGAAUUUAUUGAGGUUGAGAACAGAAAGCGUAAACACAACAGACGUUUCAAUAAAAAUAAUUCUGGUUUUAUAAUUGGACGAGCUAAUAGUGAUGAAACACUGAAGAUAGUGGACAAACUUAGAUACCUGUUCGUAUCAAGAGUAGGAGAAAAUGUAGAUAGUGACUCUCUGAAACAAUACCUUAAAAAGAAAGCGGAAGGGGAGAAACCGUUUGUGUGUGACCGGUUGGGAUGUACCAAAUCGUUUGUGUCCAAGGCCAAGUUGACGGAACACUUGCAACGACACAACGGAGAGAAGCGGCACAAAUGUCCUGUCUGUGGGAAGCAGUACGCCAACAAACCUGACCUCAGGAUACAUCUCAGGUCUGUCUGCCACUAA